AUGCUCCAGCUGCGGCUGGAUUGCCCGCCGGACGGCGACGGGGCCACCGCUCCUCAGGACGCCCCGGCGCGGCCCGCCGCCGCGGACGACGACCACGCAAAAGUAAAACAAUCGGCGGCUGAAUGGACGGAGGCCCUGGUGGGCGAGAUGGCGAGCGCCGCCUCCAUGGACGACGCCCGGCGCCGCGCCGCAAAGAUCCUCGAGGCCUUCGGGGGCGCCGUCUGCACUCCCGCCGGCCAUGUCCUCGCCGAUAAGGACCGGGAGCUGGCGAACAUCCGGCGGCAGAACAGCAUCCUGAAGAAGGCGGUGCUGCUCCAGCACCGGCGGCACGUGGAGGACGAGGAGAAGGGCAGGGAGCUCCAGGGCCAGGUCGCCCAGCACCGGGAGCAGGUCCGGCAGCUCGAGGCGGACAAGUAUGUGCUGUCCAUGCACCUCAGGAAUGCGGGCGGCGGGGCCUCCAUGCCGGGGAACUUCAACCCGGAGGUUUUCUGA